AUGGUAGAGCAUCAGCUCGUGCAUGGAAAAGUCUCAGAUGUCAUGUGGCCUGUGUUUUGGACCGUGGUGCGUACUUAUGCUCCCUAUGUCACAUUUCCUGUGGCCUUCGUGGUCGGGGCGGUGGGCUACCACCUGGAAUGGUUCAUCCGGGGAAAAGACCCCCAGCCUGUGGAGGAGGAGAAGAGCAUCUCAGAGCGUCGGGAAGACCGAAAGUUGGAUGAGCUGCUAGGCAAGGACCAUACCCAGGUGCUGAGCCUUAAGGACAAGCUGGAGUUUGCCCCUAAAGCUGUCCUGAACAGAAACCGCCCGGAGAAGAAUUAA